AUGCCUCCUCGCAAGAAACAGCGGGUCGAUGGUGAUCAAGGAGUGGUAGCGUCCCGCCGUACAACGAGGUCAUCCGCAAAAGCUGCUCAAGGCCGCGCUGUCGCCGAAGACCCACCUGUCAAGAAGAAAGCGAAAUGCAAGACAGCCGAGCCAGAUGCGCUUAACGACGCUAUCUACAACUAUCUAGACUUAGAAGACAUAUUCAACCUUUCACUGACCUGCAAGAAAUUCCGUGCUUUCUUCAUGGACAAGGCACUCGAGAAGAGGGUAUGGGUGCCCGCGCGGGCAAACACGCCAGGACUCCCGGAUCGGCCGCCUUGGAUAGGGGAGUGUGCGUUCGCUUACCUGCUUUACUCGCCCCACUGCCACAAUUGUGGAAGGGCAAACCUUCAGAACAUCGUAUACGGCUGGUUCAUUCGUCUGUGUUCCGCGUGUUUGCAGGAAAGGACGGUAUGGUAUCGCAUUGCUGCAACGGAAGCAGAAACUAUCGCGAAAGGCUCUGGCUUAUGCAAGAUCUUCGACGUAAUCGCUCUCCCCUCCUAUUUCCGCGCUCAUCAACAUUCUGAUUCACCCGACUCGGACGAGAAGUUCAAUCGUCUAUUUAGGGAUGAUGUAGACCGUGUCUUUGCGCAGUUCAAGGCACUUCCCGCUUCUACAGCUCAGGACGAGUUUUUCGAUCAAGUCAAGGCGGAACACAAAGCCCGUAUCCCGUAUGCUGAGGCCGUCCACGUCUGGAUGCGCAAGCGAGCAUCUGAAAGGCGGGUGCGUCGCGCCAACGCCAGGCGCGCGCGCUUCAACAUCAUACUUGAUAGACUACGGGAGGCCGGCUGGGGGAAGGAAGUCGACUACCUGGGCAAAGAGGGGCUCGAUAUCAUGCGCCGCAUGCCCGUUCUGCGACAGUCGUCUAAGCUGACUGAUGGGGCGUGGCAGAAGGUGUUCGCAGUGCUCGACAAAUUCCUCGAGACUACGAGAGAAAAUCGCAUCAAUCACGAAUACCGGGAGAACCUGAGGGCGCGCUUCGAGGCUCUCGAAGAGGCUAUUGCGACACACUACGUGACCUUCCCGCGCACCCCGCCCAUGGACUACCGUCCCCAAUACAUCGACUUCGCAUUCACCUCCCAGUGCCGUGCGAUCGCGGAUCUGCCCGCUUCGGAAACCGUCACCGCCGACCAUUUCGCCGCCAUCGUCCCCGCGCUGGCCCAGAAAUGGGACGAGGACCGCAAGAGGCAGCUCACGGAGUACAUUCUCCCGCACCUCGGGGACAUCGCCGCGGACGUGGACCCGCUCGAGCUCGCGAUCGCCUGCUUCACCAUCGGCGGGCCGAACAUCCUCUCGUGCUUCGGGCACAUCCGGACGAUGCGGUACCCCGCCAUCCUCAAGCACCAUUGUUUCACGGGCAAAGACUGCUUCCGCACUACCAUCGCCACAGCGGCGGAGUAUUUCGAAGACGACCUGUACACGCGCUCUGUGAAGACCAUGGACAGCGGGCGGGAGUGGGAGGCGCGGAUGCGCGAGCGCAGCCCCACUGCGCUAUCCGUCGUGCGCGUUCCGUUCCAUAUACGCGGGCUGGCGCGGGCGAAGGGUGCGCGUGACGUGGUGAACAGGAUGCGGCGCAUCGUGGCUGCGGUCGGGCUGGACCCGGCGCGCGCGACGAUCAGGGACCUCGAGCGGUGCGGCGUGUGGCUGCGGUGUGUCGUGUGCGAGACGCACAAGCCCGACGACGUUGUCUAUGCUUGGUCGUGGAGUGGCGCGUAUGGACACGACCAGUGGCAUACCACUGCCACAAUGUCCAAGGUGGAGAUGAGAGGGGUGCCCGAGUGGCGGCGCGCAGACGACGCGGACAUGGUCAAGGUGCGCGCGUACAAGGACGCAGAACUACCGGAGACAAGCCUCUGCGAUUAUGGAUGGUCGUGUGCGCUCUGUCCCGCAUUCGAUGCGAGUGUGGAGGACAUGACGGAACACCUCUUCAAGACGCACGAUAUCUCUGGUUUCGCGCAGGCAAGGCGGGAUGGGGCUGUCUAUCCCCUUUCUUACGCCGACAACACCUCACGGUUGGCGGACGCAGUUUCCCUCGGCGCGCGUAUCGAACUGAAGACGGCCUGA